UUCGGUGCUGCCAAACUCGCGUCACAAAAACCCCCACGUUUGUUUUUGUUUGCUAAUGGCGUGUUAGCUCAACAAUUCCGCCAAAAAAUCCGGUAUUUCCCGUGUAACUAUCUUAAAACAAUGCCGGGAACAAUCCUCGAGAACCUCAGCGGCCGUAAAUUGAGCGUUUUAGUGGCUAUUCUGUUUUUCAGCCAAUUGGGAUGCUUCCUUGUUGGCUUGAUAGCCCCAAAACCGGCAAACUCGCAAGGGAUCCUUGCUACAGUGUGUCACAACAACAAAACAGCCGCCAAAGACAUCAACUACUGGGUCACUCGCAAUUGUGAGCGAAUUGAUUUGAACCACGUCGAACCGGGGCUCACAGCAGACGAUAUUGUUUUUGUCCUCCAAAUGCCGCUCUCGCCUGAGAUGGACUUCUCCCGCUGGCAGCAGAAUCUAGUGGGGAUCCUCCAGUUCGAUUUAUUGUACCAGAAGGGCUUGAACCCCGUUGACUUUAUCGUGGAGCUCACAAUCGACGCCCGCUUGGCUUUUAGUGACAAGAAGCGGACUGGGGGGCGCACCCCUUGGACGUACUACGCCCACUCGGAGGAAAAGCGCUACAUGGACUGCAACAUCGACUUAAAAAACAUCAAGGAUCCCGAGGGGUACCCUUACAAUUGUUCGAUGGUGCCGUUAUUUGAGCUCGGCUCGUUGUACCAUGACUACUACCUUCUGAACAUUCGAUUACCCUACAACGAGCAGCAGAUGAAAAACGUCGAUUUGCGUAAGAUACAAGACGUUUACUUGCACUUGAUUCACAUGAACGGGGGUUUUACCCAAGUUUGGGUGUCGCUUAAGACGUUUUUCUUCCCGAUUAUCAUCGGGAUAAUGGUUUGGUUCUGGCGAAGGGUGCAUUUGCUGUCACGCACGCCUGCCUUGCUCGAAUAUAUGUUGAUUUCGUUAGGCGGUACUUUGGCCUUCCUGGACCUUCCGCUCGAAUAUUUGACCCUUUGGUUCGAAAUGCCCUACAUGCUGUUACUUAGCGACAUCCGACAGGGCAUUUUCUACGCCAUGUUGCUCUCUUUCUGGCUCGUGUUCGCCGGUGAACACAUGCUCAUUCAAGACAAUGGCGAAAAGAACAGCAUCAAGUUGUAUUGGAAACACUUGAGUACUAUUGUGACUGGUUGCUUGUCUUUGCUCGUUUUUGACUUGUGUGAGCGUGGCAUCCAACUUGUGAACCCGUUUUAUUCCAUUUGGGUGACUCCAGUUGGUACCAACCUUGCCCUUUCUUUCAUAAUCCUAGCUGGGAUUUCCGCUAGUAUGUACUUUAUUUUCCUGUGCUACAUGAUUUGGCGCGUCUUCAAAAACAUAAGUAUAAAGCGUUCGGUUUUACCCAGCAUGUCGCAAGCCCGACGAUUGCACUACGAAGGUAUAAUCUACCGGUUUAAUUUCCUCAUGUUGGCAACAGUGAUUUGUGCUGCGGUUACUGUAAUCUCGUUCAUUUUGAGUCAAGUGGCCGAAGGCCAAAACAAAUGGGACGAAAACAUGGAACUUGAGCUCUCUUCAGCGCUUCAUACUGGCGUUUACGGAAUGUGGAAUGUCUAUAUUUGCGCUAUGUUGAUGUUGUAUGCUCCUAGUCAUAAGCAAUGGCCCGCGGAACCGAUCUGUACCGAAGGCGAGGAGGUUGAGUUUAGUCGGCUUCCGACCGAUCCAACUCCCAAUGAAAUCUCUUCUUUGACGUCAUUUGCUUCAAAAGCUAGUAUUGAGUAAACCCCCGAAUUGUAUCGAUGUUUUCUAACUGCUGCAAGUACUUAAUUCUUCGACUUGUGAUGCACACGCACAUUUUUAAUAUUUAUUAUGCUCGAUGUUUUUAGAAUUUUUAUCGACCCUAUCACGUAAUAAAUAGUUGACAGUAUUACGUAGCGGGUAGUGUUGUAUAUGUGAUCUUUCGAUAUUUUAACUCUGGUGAUUUUUAUAUGCCGAUCAGUAUUUUCUCGCAUUUACUAAUAAAUAUGUAUGAUAUACAGUAGA